GAGAAUACCUGUACAUUGGUGACAGAUCUUAUUCUGCGGAAUCCUCAACAGCGGGUUUUAUUUUAUUAUCACGCAAAAGCUGUUAGCGAUGAGAGUAAAUUGUGCCUGGAUUUGGCAUUAAGUGGAGUAGGACAAUCGAGCCUGGCUAGUGGAUGCAGUAGUACUUAUGAACCCUACAAUUUGCCUGCUUAUCUUCAUGGAGCAGUUCGACUCUCUUCCACCACACUUGUUGAUUCUCUUUACCGACUUGGAGGGCUGCAAUUUUUGCUGCCGUUGUUUGAUCUAAUCAGCAACUCUCAACGCGAUGUUGACAAGACUAAGGUACCACCUCACGCUAUGGAGGAAUUUAACAUGGCGGUAAUGGAGUUCCGUGAGGCUUUGGGCAAAAUGGAGUCGUCUAGUACUUUGGAGGUGCAGUCGCCUCCGGUGUCGAAGCAGUUGGGGACGCUACAGAACGUAGAUACUAUGAUGGACGAGACGCCAGAACAAACAGUUCUAAAUGCCUCCACCGAAGUCUUCCGACUGGCUACAACUCUUCUGAAAACUUCUGCAUCCUUUGCUUCUCUCAACAUACCUGCUGACACACGGGUCAGAUUAGUCUUCCUUCAUCCAAGUGUCGUUCUCGCUAUGGGACAUCUGAUUAACUCUAUUGAUCCACUACAGCUAGACGCCAAUGCAGUGACCAACUUCCACAGUAUGGUAGAUUUGUGCGCGAACUCGGUGCUCACUGACUUAAAUAGUCGAGUGGAGGCAUCAGGUGACUUUGUAUCGUCAAGUCAACAGGUGGAGGAGAGGCGAACAGCGCGAGAAACCUUCCGAGUGCGCUGGACUUUUCUAAUAAAGCAGCUUUUCGUUGAUUGGGCCCUCUGGUCCAGGUGCUCACCUGUUGCCACUCUUCAGCAUGUACGACAUCUCCUCAAAAGGGCCAAAACAAUUCGUAGUAUCUACCGUGGUCACCUGCCCAUCUUUAGGCUUCUCACUGCAGCUGGCUUCUACUUUGCGUAA